UAUGUAAAUAUAUUUUAAGUGCCCCUAAGCACUAAUUUGCCUUAUCAAAAGUUUAUGCAUAUCAGAAACAACACGAGCAAAAGAAAACAGCUAGGCCUAGUCCACUAUCUUUACACAACACAUUUUUAAAAAUGAAAACUUCCAACGAGUUUGAGAGCACUACUCUUACUCUUCUAAGCCUCCUCUUCUUCCAUAUCUGCAUGGCCUCAGAAAAUCAUCAACCUCCUCUCACCGAUCGCAGCCGAGUAAUUAGCAUAGAAAAAACGGCGCUGUUGGAAUUCAAAAGCUCCGUAAGUUCUGAUCCUAAUUCGGUUCUUUCAAACUGGAACAUGUUUACCAAAGCAUGUGACUUCAACGGAGUCGAAUGCGACCAGUGGCGGAUUCACGUCGUCCGCAUAAAUCUCAAUCGAACUCUCAUUGUAGGCACCAUCGCACCCGUGCUUGCCAACCUCACCGCGCUCCGUCAGCUCGACCUAUCGGAAAAUUUUCUCACCGGUCACAUUCCGCCUGAACUCUCCAAACUGAGGAGGCUCAAAAUCCUUGAUCUCUCAAACAAUCAGCUUGAUGGCAUGAUACCGGAAUCUCUCUCGCACCUUAACGGCCUCGAUUAUUUCAACAUUCAUGGAAAUUUACUUAUUGGUUCAAUACCUGCUUCUAUCUUCAUCAACUGGACUAAAUUAAUUGUUUUGGAUCUCUCAAACAACUCACUUUCUGGUGAGAUUCCAAUGAAUGUAGGAAUCACACUUCCUUGGCUGUUCGCACUCAAUCUUUAUCUGAACAAUCUGAGAGGGAAGAUACCUUCAUGGCUUUCAAAUUCGUCUGAAAUAAGUCAACUUGAUGUUGAGAACAAUGAAUUUUCUGGUGAAUUGCCUUCAGAGAUGAUAGGAAAGUGGAAUCAUAUUGAAGUUCUUCACCUGUCCUACACACAUUUUUCAAGCCACAACAACAACACAGACUUAGAUCCAUUUUUCAAUGCUCUUUCUAAUUGCUCCAUCCUGAAAGAGCUGGAAAUGGCAGGGAUUGAUCUCUGCGGCCAUCUUCCUCGCGGAGUUGGAUUAAACAUCUCAAGCUUAUUAGUUCUGAAUCUUGACAGCAACAAAAUUUAUGGCAUAAUACCUCCCAACAUUGCCAAACUUCGAAAUCUGACAUUGCUGAAUCUGUCAAACAAUCUAAUAGGUGGAGUGAUUCCAGAAGAGAUCAGCCAUUUGAGACAUUUACAGAGGUUUAUAUUGUCAAAUAACAUUCUGGGUGGAGCAAUCCCUAAAAUGAUAGGUAAUAUGAGCUCGGUUGGCUUGCUUGAUUUAUCAAACAAUAGAUUCACUGGUGAGAUACCUGAAAGUAUUGGAAAUUUGGCAGAAAUCAGUGAGCUAUAUCUUCACAAAAAUCAGCUUUUGGGACAAAUCCCUUCUUCCCUCGGUAAAUGCCUCAGCCUUAACAGACUGGACUUAUCCUACAAUAAUCUGUCAGGAAUUAUACCUACAACAAUAGCUGGAAUAUUGAAGAUAUUUCUGAAUCUUUCAAACAAUCAGCUUCAUGGUCCUCUGCCUUUGGAGCUUGGGAAGAUGGACCAAGUAGAAGAAAUCGACAUUUCGUCGAACAAAAUCAGCGGCCCCUUGAUUCCACAGCUCUCUCAUUGUGUUGCAGUAAAGUUGAUCGAUCUCUCAAAUAAUUUACUCCAAGGGUCAAUCCCCAAAUCAAUUGGCGAUCUUCAUGACCUUGAACUCCUUGAUUUGUCCUGCAAUUUUUUAUCUGGUGAGAUCCCACAGAGCCUUAAUAACUGUACCAGUCUCAAACUAUUGAACUUAUCUUACAACGAUUUCAGUGGAUUGAUACCAAGUACUGGAAUAUUUAACUUGUUUACUGAUUCCUCCUUUCUUGGAAACCCACAUUUGUACCGCAAUUUAGGCAGAAAAAAAGGCAAAUGGAUCCAUUCAAAAACAUUCUUAAUCAUAGUUUGUGUUUUUUCCACAGUGAUGGCUUCCACAAUAACCAUAUUGUUUGUGAUUAUAAUAAAAAGGAUUAGAAAGAAGAUUUUAAACAGAAGAGAAAAGGAUUUUGGAGGCGUUACACCGCCGGCUUUGAGGUUGAGCUACCCAAGAAUCACUUACAGUGAGCUUUCAGAAGCAACCAGAGGAUUUACAGAAGAAACGCUCAUCGGUACUGGAAGCUAUGGGAGUGUUUACAGAGGAAUUUUAAAGGAUGAAACAGUGGUGGCAGUCAAAGUACUUCGUUUGCAAAGUGGAAACUCUACCAAGAGCUUCAAAAGAGAAUGUGAAGUCUUAAAGAGAAUCAGGCAUCGAAAUCUAAUGAGAAUAAUCACAGCUUGCAGCCGGCCAGAAUUCAAGGCGAUUGUUCUUCCAUUUAUGUCAAAUGGCAGCCUUGAUGCUAAGUUGCACUCAAAUAAUCAUCAUAUGGAUUUGGAGCAGAGAAUCAGCAUUCUAAGCGACGUAGCCGAGGGGAUGGCUUACUUGCACCACCACUCACCAGUGAAGGUCAUUCACUGUGAUUUAAAGCCAAGCAAUGUUCUGCUCAAUGAAGAUAUGGCUGCAUUGGUUUCUGAUUUUGGAAUUUCGAGGCUGGUGAUGAAUAUGGGCGCAGGAGUUACUACAGCUGGGCCGGAUAAUGCAAGCAGCUCCACUGCCAAUAUACUAUAUGGGUCUAUUGGGUACAUAGCUCCAGAAUAUGGAUUUGGAUCAAACGCAACGACAAAGGGAGAUGUCUACAGCUUUGGAGUACUGGUCCUCGAACUACUAACAAGGAAGAGACCGAUGGACGAAAUGUUUGGAGGAGAAAUAAGCCUUCAGAAAUGGGUAAAGAAUCACUACCAUGAGCAAUCACUAGAAACGGUGAUUGAUUCAAGUUUAAUGAGAACAGCAAGAAGCAAAGCAGCUGAAAUGAGAAGAAUGUGGGAGGUAGCGAUAUCUGAGGUGGUUGAAAUUGGUCUGUUGUGCACACAGGAAAAUCCAUUAAUGAGGCCAACGAUGCUUGAUGCUGCUGAUGAUUUCGAUCGCUUGAAAAGGUAUCUCUCGGGCGACACAACCGCUACAUUUGCAUCAUCAAUGGGGAUGUCCUCUUCAACUGUUGGGGAAAAUAUCAUUUGAUGCUUUAAAUUUAUUACAAACAUUUGCUUAGUUUUGCAAAUUUAAUGUAAUUGGUAGAAAAGCUUGGUUGCAAUUUGAACCAUUGUGCAUUUCUUAUGUGUAUGGCUCAUAAUGAGUCAAAUUCAAGCAAAUUUAUCACAGUUUGAAAUGAAACAUUUAGAACUUCACUCAAC